GCGGGAGCAGACUUCCUGUUUGAGGUCAGCGCGGGGAGGGGGAGCGCGCGGCGAAGCCUCCCCGCGGUCUCGCGCUGCCUGGCGGGGCUCUUGUCAGUUAGCAACAAAAUGGCCGCGGUGGCAGCAGCUCUGCUCCUGAGGACGGCGGCGGUGGCGGCGGCGUCCGUGGCGGUGGCGGUAGCGGCGGCGGCGACGGCGGCGCGGAGGAGCGGGGGACCGGCCCGGCAGCACUGAGCCUGGCACCGCCUGCCUGCGAGCGGACGAGGCGAGAGCGAGCGGGAGAGACGGAGAGAGGCGCUGCGGCCCCCCACCCCCCCCCCACCCCAGCCUCCGCCAGCGAGCCCGGCUGACCGACCGACUCUGCCCGAGGCGCUGCUGCAGCCCCCUGGGGAGACGCUGCCGCCUCGGCCCCCGGCCUCCCCCCGCUCCCCGUCUCCCCCCCCGGGGGCACGGGCGCCCGGGUCCCUGCCCCCCAGCGAGGGGCUCCGCUGCCGCAGCCUCCCGCCGCCCACCCGCCCCCACCUCCACCCGCCCGGAGACCCUGCCGGGUCCCUCCGGAGGAGACGGAGAGAGCCCGCGGGAUCGUUCUCCUGCCCCCGGAUCCCCUGUGCGAGCGAGGCAGACAGACUGUUGGGUUUCCCCACUCCCCCCGUCGCGUCCCCGUCCCCCCCACCCCCCUCCGUGAAAGACUUUGCUGGAUCCUCCUCCUCGGAUCCCCUCCCCGCGCUCGCUCCUUCCUGCGAGAGAGGCUGCUGGAUCCUCCUCCCGCCGGAGAGACUGCUGGAUCGCUCCGCUGGGGUCCCUGCGAGAGAGACGCGGAUCCUCCUCCCGUGAGAGACUGCCGCCGAUCCUCCGCCCCUCCUCGGAUCUCCUGGAGCGAGAGACUCGGCGGGAUCCUCCUCCUGCCCGGAGCCCCAUGUGAGACUCCGGAUCCCCCCGUGGCUCCGUGGUGUUUGGGGUUAUUUUUUUCCUUUUUUUUUCCCUUUUUUCUUUUUUUUUUUCUUUUUUGAAGGGGGGAUCCAUCUUAAAACUAUUUUCUGGGUCCCGGUUUCUCUUUAAUUUGCACUUUUUAAAACACCCUCAGAUGCUCCUCCAUGUGGACUGAGAACCCAUCAAGACACACACACGAGAACUCAUCCCGAUCAACUCCAAAUCCUGGCUUUCGUGGGUUUUGCUGCAACACAUAAAAGCAAACUUGUAUUUAAGACACACUCGUGCAAAAAUUUAGCUGGGGACUUUAAGGUGUAUUUUGUCUUGGUUUCUUGGUCUUGUUUUUUGGGUUUGGUUGUUUUUUUUUUUUUUUUUUUUCUUUGCUUCACUGGAAAUCAAAAGCUUGUUUUGGAAUUGGACCUGCUUUUGCUGCACUUCUCUGGGCUGGAUAACACUGAAGCUCUUUGCUUUUCUACUUGGAUAGUGUUUUCCUGUUGAUCUGUUGUUUUUUUCUUCUCCUGUGUGGCAGACUUUUUUUCUUUUUUUUGAGGGGGGUAAACAAACGACAACAACAAAAAAAAACUUAAUUUUUUUGGCCGUGUGAGAUUUUUUCGUAUUCAGAUUCGUGAAAUUACGGGUACACUUACAAAAAAAAAAAGCAUUAAAAUAAGAAAGGAACACGUCAGAAAGACCCCUACACGGUAGACAAAAUACUCACUUGUUUCCUUACAGCAAGACUGAAUCGAAAGCUGCCAAAGAGCCCCAUAAAGAAAAGACUAAAAGGGAGAAAGAACAAGAAACACAAGAAGAGGAACAUUUGAUGGAAGAAAAGAAAAAGAAAAAGCAGGAAGAAAAGAAAAAGAAGGAAGGUGCUCAGAAAAAGGCUGCUGAACAAAAAACCAAAGUGCCAGAACCUAUUAAGACCAGUUUAAGCCAGCCCCAACCUGCCGGUACCGGUACCAGUACUUCCACCAGCACUAUUACCAACAGCAGCAAUGGCAAGCGUGCGUCUGCUAAUGGGCAGCAGCCAGCUGCGUCCCGUUACCUGCCUCGUGAGGUGCCUCCACGCUUCCGCCAGCAAGAACAGAAGCAGCUCCUAAAGCGGGGUCAGCCACUGCCUACUGGGACUCUGACCGGCACCAGCCCAGCACAAGGUACUGGACAAGCAGGGGCGAGUCCUCCUCCACAGCAAGGAGCAGGUGGACAGCAUCAUCCCAGUAAGACCCAAACAGAUCUCAGCCACAGUGGAUUGGGAGACCAUUAUGAGAAUUCCCACUGGGGACAGCAGCCCGCUUUCAGGAGUGAAGGCAACUGCAGCUGGGAUAAAGUGAUAAUAGACAGGACUGACAAGGAAGCGUGGCCUUCCAUUACCGGAGCUGAGACUGAGUCUGCCUCAGAAUGUACUACAGACACUGACUCUGCCUCCAACUGUGGCUCAGAGAACAGUAGCAUGGCUACAGGGAGUGCCCAAGGCAACUUCACUGGACAUACAAAGAAAACUAAUGGCAAUAAUGGCGCCAACGGAGCACUCGUCCAAAGCACUUCUAACCAGAGUGCCCUUGGAGCUGGUGGAGCAAACGGUAACGGCAACUCGGCCAGAGUGUGGGGUGUGGCUGCGGGCUCCAGCUCUGGCCUAGCUCACUGCUCUGCCAGUGGUGGGGAUGGAAAGAUGGACAACAUGAUGGGAGAUGGUAGAAGUCAGAACUGCUGGGGUGCUUCCAACUCGAAUGCUGGCAUUAAUCUUAACCUUAACCCUAAUGCCAAUCCAGCUGCCUGGCCUGUACUUGGACAUGAAGGAACUGUGGGAGCAGGCAACCCUUCCAGUAUUUGCAGUCCAGUCAGUGCCAUAGGUCAGAACAUGGGCAACCAGAAUGGGAACCCAACAGGCACCUUAGGUGCUUGGGGAAACUUGCUGCCGCAAGAGAGCACAGAACCACAAACGUCCACUUCUCAGAAUGUGUCUUUCAGCGUACAACCUCAGAACCUUAACACUGAUGGACCAAAUAACACUAACCCCAUGAACUCUUCACCAAACCCUAUCAAUGCAAUGCAGACAAAUGGACUGCCGAACUGGGGGAUGGCUGUUGGUAUGGGGGCCAUCAUCCCGCCCCACCUGCAAGGCCUUCCUGGUGCUAACGGAACAUCAGUUUCUCAAGUCAGCGGGGGCAGUGGUGAAGGAAUGGGCAGUUCAGUGUGGGGGAUGUCCCCAGGUAAUCCUGCCACAGGAAACAGCAAUUCUGGGUUCAGUCAGGGGAAUGGAGACACUGUGAACUCAGCAUUAAGUGCUAAACAAAAUGGAUCCAGCAGUGCUGUGCAAAAGGAAGGAAACGGAGCGAGCGCCUGGGAUUCGGGGCCUCCCUCUGGUCCUGGGGUACUAGCGUGGGGCAGGGGCAGUGGCAACAGCGGUGUUGGUAGUAUGCAUUCUGGAGCUUGGGGCCACCCCAACCGUAACACCAGUAACGGUGUGAACGGUGAGUGGGGCAAGCCCCCAAACCAGCAUUCCAAUAGUGACAUCAAUGGGAAAGGAUCAACAGGGUGGGAUAGCUCUAGUGUUACCAGUCCGAAUCCUGCCAUGCAGCAGGGCAAUGAACAAAUAAACUCUUGGGCCAAAGCUGCAGCAUCUGGCACCACAGCUAGCGAAGGAAGUAACGACAGCGGUGGGAGUCAAAAUGAAGGCAGUACUGGGAGGGAGGGGGCUGGAGAGGGCAGGAGGAGAGACAAAGGGAUGAUAGACCAAGGGCAAGUUCAGUUGCCAAGAAAUGACCUUGACCCCAGAGUCCUGUCCAAUACGGGGUGGGGACAGACCCCUGUAAAGCAAAACACUGCCUGGGAAUUUGAAGAGUCCCCAAGGUCUGAACGAAAGAAUGACAAUGGAACAGAGGCCUGGGGUUGUGCAGCUACUCAAUCUUCAAACUCAGGGGGGAAGAACGAUGGGUCCAUCAUGAACAGUACAAAUACCUCUUCAGUAUCUGGGUGGGUCAACUCUCCACCGGCAGCUGUUCCAACAAAUACAGGUUGGGGAGACAACAACAACAAAGCACCAAAUGGCCCAGGGGGAUGGGGAGAGUCAGCAAGCUCUACUACUGUUAAUAAUGCUGCUGCUGCCAAAAGCGGCCACGCAUGGAGUGGGACCGCAAAUCAGGAGGACAAAUCACCUACCUGGGGUGAACCUCAGAAACCCAAAUCUCAAAACUGGGGAGAUGGACAGAAAUCAAAUCCAAGCUGGACUUCAGGAGGUGGAGAUUGGACAGAUUCAUCAUCUGUUCCUGGACACUUGGGUGAUGGGAAGAAGAAUGGAUCUGGAUGGGAUUCUGACAAUAGAUCAGGGUCUGGUUGGAAUGAUUCCACAAGGUCUGGGACCAGUGGGUGGGGAAAUGGCACAAACAGCAAGGCUAAUACAGGUACAAGUUGGGGGGAAUCUUUAAAGCCAGGCCCUCAACAAAAUUGGGCUAAUAAACCCCAGGACAACAAUGUGAGUAACUGGGGAGGAGCUGCUUCUGUAAAACAGACGGGGUCAGGGUGGGUUGGUGGGCCAGUGCCAGCCAAACAAAAAGAGAACUGUGAGGCAACUGGCUGGGAGGAGCCAUCUCCACCGUCCAUUCGCCGCAAGAUGGAAAUCGAUGAUGGUACCUCAGCUUGGGGCGACCCAAAUUACAACAACAACAAGACUGUAAACAUGUGGGAUAGAAAUAAUCCUAUAAUUCAGAGCAGUACCACAACCAAUACCACCACCACUAGCACCAUUAUCAACACAAAUAUGGUUGAACCUCAGCCAUCACAUCAGUCAAGUGCCCAGCCGAACCGGUCCCCGCUGCUUGGUCCAGCAGGCUGGGGAGAAAUGCCUACUGUCCACUCAAAGACCGAAGCUUCUUGGGGAGAGCCGUCAUCCCCUUCUGCUGCAGUUGAUAAUGGCACUUCAGCAUGGGGGAAACCCCCCAGCAGUGGUACAGGGUGGGGAGAUAAUCCUGCCGAGUCGGCAGGGACAUAUGGAAGAACAAAUGCUCCAGCUGCUGCCCCAGCACUGUGCAAACCAGCUUCAAAAUCUAUGCAAGAAGGCUGGGGCAGUGGUGGGGAUGAAGUGAAUCUCAGUACUAGUCAGUGGGAAGAUGAAGAAGGAGAUAUGUGGAAUAAUACUGCUUCACAAGAGAGCAGCUCCUCCUGUAAUUCCUGGGGGAAUGCCCCAAAGAAAGGACUUCAAAAGCCCAAAACAAAUCCACGCUUGUCCCUUGGUACUUUCUGGAGAACUGAAAGGAAGAGACUUCUUAAGGAUUUUGUGAUAGAAAAGCUGCACAGAGAUCUUUUAAAGGGCAUGAAGACAUCUAGCAAGCAAGAUGAGGCCUGGAUCAUGAACCGUCUGAUAAAACAGCUCACAGACAUGGGCUUCCCUAGAGAGCCAGCAGAAGAGGCCUUGAAGAGCAACAAUAUGAAUCUCGAUCAGGCCAUGAGUGCUCUGCUGGAAAAGAAGGUGGAAAUGGACAAGCGUGGAAUGGGAGUGACCGACUAUAAUGGAAUGGUCACCAAACCCCUUGGCUGCCGCCCACCACCAAUCUCCAAAGAGUCUUCCAUGGACCGCCCCACCUUCCUUGACAAGCUCACCCUUUCUUUCUCCAAUCAGGAUGGCGGCCUAGUGGAAGAGCCCACUACUUCACCAUUUUUGCCUUCACCAAGCCUGAAGCUCCCCCUUUCAAACAGUGCACUCCCUAAUCAGACCCUGGGCGGGAUUGCCUCAGGGCUGGGCAUGCAAAACUUGAAUUCUUCUAGACAGAUACCGAGUGGCAAUCUGGGUAUGUUUGGCAAUAGCGGAGCAGCACAAGCCAGGACCAUGCAACAGCCGCAGCAACCGCCAGUGCAACCUCUUAAUUCAUCCCAGCCUAGUCUUCGUGCUCAAGUGCCUCAGUUUCUAUCCCCUCAGGUUCAAGCACAGCUUUUGCAGUUUGCAGCAAAAAACAUUGGUCUCAGCCCUGCACAGUUAACCUCGCCAAUUAAUAAUCCUCAGCAUAUGACGAUGUUGAACCAGCUCUAUCAGCUGCAGCUGGCGUACCAACGUUUACAAAUCCAGCAGCAGAUGUUACAGGCUCAGCGUAAUGUUUCCGGACCCAUGAGACAACAGGAGCAGCAAGUUGCACGUACAAUCAAUAACAUGCAGCAGCAGAUCCAGCAGCACCAGCGCCAGCUGGCCCAGGCCCUGCUUAUGAAGCAGCAGCCUCCCCCUCCACAUCUAUCUUUGCACCCCUCUGCAGGCAAAUCAGCCAUGGAUAGCUUUUCACCCCAUCCCCAGGCUCCCGGCCUACCUGACCUGCAGACCAAAGAGCAACAGUCUUCACCGAACACCUUUGCUCCUUACCCUCUUGCUGGACUGAACCCGAACAUGAAUGUAAAUAACAUGGACAUUACUGGUGGUUUGUCAGUGAAGGACACUUCUCAGUCCCAGUCUCGCCUUCCUCAGUGGACACACCCCAACUCAAUGGAUAAUCUGUCUAGUGCUGCUUCUUCGCUUGACCAGAACUCCAGCAAGCACGGUGCUAUACCUGGAGGUUUAAGUAUUGGUCCUCCGGGAAAGUCCUCCAUUGAUGACUCUUAUGGCCGGUAUGAUCUGAUUCAAAACAGUGAAUCGCCUGCCAGUCCACCCGUAGCUGUUCCUCACAGCUGGUCACGUGCCAAAACCGAUAGUGAUAAAAUUUCCAAUGGCUCCAGCAUAAACUGGCCACCAGAGUUUCAUCCAGGAGUGCCAUGGAAAGGACUGCAGAAUAUUGAUCCUGAAAAUGACCCCGACGUUACUCCUGGAAGUGUUCCAACUGGGCCUACCAUAAACACCACGAUACAGGAUGUUAAUCGCUAUCUUCUCAAGAGUGGAGGUAAAUUGUCGGACAUCAAGUCUACGUGGUCCUCUGGCCCAAUCUCUCACACACAAGCCUCUCUAUCCCAUGAACUAUGGAAGGUACCCAGAAACACUACUGCUCCUACGAGACCACCUCCAGGCUUAACAAACACCAAGCCAUCAUCUACAUGGGGUGCCAGUCCCCUGGGUUGGACCAGCUCUUACUCCUCUGGUUCUGCAUGGAGUACUGACAGCUCAGGGAGAACAAGCAGCUGGCUGGUUCUUCGAAACCUCACACCCCAGAUUGAUGGUUCCACACUGCGGACACUGUGUUUGCAACAUGGCCCUCUAAUAACAUUCCACUUGAACCUGACGCAAGGGAAUGCUGUGGUCCGAUACAGUUCCAAGGAAGAAGCAGCCAAGGCCCAAAAGUCUCUGCAUAUGUGUGUCCUGGGAAACACUACCAUCCUGGCCGAGUUUGCUGGUGAAGAAGAAGUCAACCGUUUCUUAGCACAAGGCCAGCCACUGCCGCCCACCUCCAGCUGGCAGUCCAACACUGGAACCAACCAGACUCGCCUGGGCUCCUCCAGCAGCUCUCACGGCUUGGUGCGCAACGACGCCGGCCACUGGAACGCUCCCUGCCUGGGGGGCAAGGGGAGCAGCGACCUGCUGUGGGGUGGGGUGCCUCAGUACUCCAGCAGCCUUUGGGGACCCCCGAGCACCGACGACGGCAGAGUGAUCGGAAGCCCGACACCUUUGAAUACUCUUCUUCCGGGUGAUCUUCUCAGUGGGGAGUCCAUCUAGGAAACAAGAGAAACAAAAUGGAAAUAACAAUCAUCAGCACUAAAGGAAAAAUAAAAAUUGUAACCCUUUCCAGUCCCGGGCUUGAUGAAGAAUCCAGCUUUAACAGAUCAGACUGGCAGCCCUUUUUAGUACCUCUGUCCACAAUAUCGAAUAUGAAACUGCAGAAGUCCUUGUGAACUGUUCAUGAAACAGUAUGGGCUACUUUUGGUCAGUGUCACAUGCUAAUGACAGGUUUUAUUUUUUUUCAUGGCUUUUUGUUUUAUGUUGUCUUUUUAUGUUUGUAUGGUGAUUUUCAAAACAAAGUAUAAAAGCUGCUUAGAAUAGGUCUAUCAUGAAGGGCACUUUUCAGAAUUUGGGCUGGAAAGGGUUAUUUUAUCAACUGGGGUGGGGAAGGGGGAAAUGAAAGCCUAUUUAAAAUGAGCCUGUGACUAUUAUGCACAUUACCAGAGGCGGACCCAAUAAUCAGAAAAGGGUGAAGUGUGAUAUUUACCAUUGGUACAGAAAAGUAAUGAAUCUGAAUGGUAACUAUUGACUGUACAGGUUGAGCGGGGGGGAGGGAGGGCAGGGUUGGGGUAUCUCUGUGUCCACUACUCCCAUGGAUCUGCCUAUGCACAUUACCCUUGUUUCAUUACUUUUUCAUGUCAUUUUUUUAAUCCCAAAAAUAUAAAAAGUAAAAAACAAAAAAAUAAAAAAAAAAUAAACAAAAAAAACCCACAAAAAAAAAAAAACAUAUCAACAUGCAAAUACUUGAAUCCAGCAGGCCAAUAACAAAAUGUGAACACUUUCUAAGUCUAAUUAUUACACUUCCAGGUCAGCAUCAGUACACAAAAAACAGGCUCUAAGAUUUUUUUUUUUUUAAAGUUCAGACUAUAUGUUUUUGUUGGAACAGAUGUAUGUGUGUGAGUGUGCUUGUGUGUAUGUAUGUGUGCGUGUAUGUGUGUGCCCAUGUGUGGUUUAACUAAAAGUGUGAAUUUUUUCCUUUUAUUCAGUAUAUGCUUUUUAUUUGCUCAUUGGUCAAAUGUUUAAUUGUUAUUAGCUUCUAACUUUGCACUGAGUGUCCGCAGCCCUUCUUGUAGCUAAUCUUAUAAUGUUAAAAAGAAAAAAAAAAAAAGAAAAAAAAGAAAAAAAAGAAAGAAACUGAUAGAAGGGGCCGGCGACAAUUCACGUGUAAAUGUUUACUCAAGGACUCUUACGCAUUUUAAAAAUUACAGUGUGUAUCUCUGGAGAAUAAUAUGUAUAUCUACCUUUAGCGGCUUUUUAUUGUGGACUAAUGCAAGAAAAUUAUUACCGGAGUAUUGCACCAUUUUUCCAUUCGGAAUAUAAAGUUUAAAAAAAAUACUCUUGUUGAACUGUGGCCAUAGAUAAUUGUAAAGAGUUGAUAGUUCCCUUGCAAGCAGGAACAGAAACAAGCACUUGGACAUAGGUUUUGACUGCUUUUGGAGGAGCCAGGAGUUUUGGCUCCCACCUGUUUACAGACCUUUUUUUCUCCUUCAAACUUUAAAAUAAAAAAGGAAUUAAAAAAAAAAAAAAAAAGAAAAAAAAAGAGACUUCCAUCGUAAAGAAAACUAUUUUCAGAAUGAAGAUAUGCUACUUCAGAGCUCUGGGAUUGAACAGUGUUGUUGUAUUAUUCUUUUCUUUGGCCAUUGCUGUGUACUAUUUUUGUUGUUGUUUUCCUCCUCUUCGUCAAAGUGGCGAAAACUUUGUGAUCACUAUCUUGCACAUGGUGGAAGAUGUCUCAGGAAAGCCGGGUUUCCCGAGGAGCAACUCCACACCAUUUCAUGUAUUUUUAAAACCCAACUCCUAGCACUGAAGAUAUUAUUAAAAAACAAAAUAAAAUAAAAAAAAGACAGUAAGAAAGAAGAAAAUACCUAAUCUAAUGUGUAGCAGUUACAUAUUUACCAAAUAAUGGACUCAAAAGAAAUAGAUGUUUGAAGAGUGCUUUAUAUAUUAAAAAAUCGCUUUAUGUUUAAAAAAAGAUCAAUGUUUUUGAUUGUUUUGAAAGGAAGAAAGACAAUGGAUUAACAUACACUUCAAGUAUGUUUUAAAAAUUAUAUGAACAUUGUGCUCCCUGCCUGCUUGGAUCAGGAAACUUGUGCAUUACACUUUUUUUUUUUUUUUUUUUUGAAGAUUAGCUUUUUAAUGGUUUUAUCAGAUUUAAAGGGUCCUGCAAGAUUGCAAAUUAACAAAAGCUGGUUUUAUAGAGGAUCAUGAACUAUGCACAAACUGGGUUCAAGACUUGUUUUUUUUCUCAAGUUUUAGUAGUGUAUUUAGCUGAAUAACCUUUCCUCAGAGUAAUUACAUCUCAUUGCCAUUACACGCCUCCUACGUAUAUAUUUUAUAUAUAUAUACACACACAGAGUUAUAUAAAAUAUGUAUGUGUGUAUGUGCGUGUUUACAUACAAUUUUCCAUGCUGAAGUUUAGCAUUGAGUUGUAGAAAAACUCCUGAUAUUUUAAAAUUGGGAACGAAAAUUUCUGUUUAAAGGUUGGGGGGUGGGAUUUUGUUUUUGGGACUUUUUUUUUUUUUUUUGCCUUUCCUUUUGGAUUAAAGAUGUCUGUAACUCUGAGAUUAAAAAAAAAACAAUUGUGGCUUUUAAUGUUUAUUCUCCUCAUAGAAUGUGAUUGUUAAAGAACAUGCACCGAAAGUUGCUUUCAAGAGUACGAAGAUUCUUUGAAACUUAAUAAAUUGCAGUUUUUUCUUGGCUGUUCAAAUAAUGUGUAUUUUUCUUUUAUGCAGGGGAUACUAAAAAAAACCCAUAUAGUUAAAUCUGUUAAGGUAUUUCAUGGAAGAAGUUUAACUUUUUCAGUAUUAAUGAGAAUUAAGUGUACAGCCAGGCAAAUCACUCCUGUAAGUGUAGUCACACACUGUGAAUCUGUGCUUGUUGGUGAUGGCAUUCUCAUAAGCUUGUACCAUGAACGCUUUGCAUAUCGCAUCCAAAAGAGUGCUUUAUAAAAAGCAGUAAUCAUUUUUUUUGUUAGAAUUAUGUUUUUCUCAUUUGUUCGUGUCUUUAUAUAACGCAGUAGAUGAACUGUUAGCACUGAAUAUUGUGAGGCUGAAGGCUUCUCUCUAGCUCUACCAUUCAGUCACCCCGCAGCCUCCCGUUUUCUGGACCUGGAUGUCUCUAGCUCUAAAUUGCCAGUUCCACUAGAUUUUCUGAGGUGGGCAGAUAGCCCGUAAAUACAAUAGGGUAGAAAUGCCAAAAUAUUUUCAUGUUUGGCCUUUCAGGUUUUGCAAUUAAGGAAGAUACUUGCAGCGGCUAACACCAGGCAUAGGAGGUGAACUGCAGAAGGUUCAUGGAGGGACCCAAACUUGCUCCAUCUCCCUUGUCUGAAGAUGAGCUUAAGUCCUCCUUCCACCUCCAUCAAACCAGUUCUUUACCUCUUAGUGGCACUGAGGUGAUUUGUACUGAAAGCGUGAUUUAUGGCAGGUCUGGCCCCAGGUCUCCAGUGGUUACGAGUUUGUACAGUAAAACUCAUUCCACUAAUCCAUUUGAGAAGGAAAAUACCUAACGUGAAGAACUGGAUUAAUAAGAAAGCAGUUCAUAGCCCUGAACAACUACCUGCGCUGCGGCUGUAGCCCAUCUUUGCUGUCACUAGGGUUAUCUGCCAUAAACUGUACAUUUAAUAAGACAGACCCAUGGGGCAGGGGGGGACCCAAGCAACUCUUGAGAGUUUGCAGUUUGCUAGCAGAUGUGAUACAGUUAAAAAUUAUCAAAUGUAGAUUUGGGGGUAACAGAAUUCUGUUCUCUAAAUAGCUAAAGUACCCAGUCUGAAGCCUGUUCUGCUAAUUUUGUUAUUGAUACCACCCUGAAGUUGCACAGCUGUUUGCCACGGUUGUUUUUUACUGUGAACUGCUUCCUCUCCCAUCUUUGUUUUUUUUUUCUUCUCUUCCAGGUGUUUGUAACAAAACUCUUAGAGAGUUGCCUUCUCUUUUCUUUUCCUUCCUUGGUUUUUCAUUUGAUUUGUGUUUUGUUUGCAUUUUUUUUUUCCUUAGCAAGGAGGGCUUUCGGUUUCAGUGUCUCUGGCUUUUGUUUGCCUAGACAUCAAAGUCCGUUACGGAGUCGGAUGUUUUAGCUAAGGAGUUUUUGUCUUCCAUAAGGUUGGCUGAGAUGGCUUUUUGUAAAUCAGAUGCACUCUUAAAAUUUAGUAUCCCACCCUGGUAUAUUAAAGGAAAUGUAGCUUUUGGCCAAAAUCAGUCUUCUAGUGUUUGUGUAGCUCUUUUUCAGUGUCAUAUUCUUUUUCUGCUUUAAUGCUAUCCAGUAUUUCUGAAAUGGUAAAGAUAGCUCCUGAUGAUACAGAUUCUCCUUAUGGCUCCAGAAUCUUUACAAGAAAACAUUUUUAACAGUUUGUGUUUUUCUGUAUAUUGCAUUUACUGUAUCCUCCAUAGCACUUUCACUGCAUGGCUCCCCUGUCUUUAGGCCAAGAGAACUGUUUCCUAAGUGGUCUGAAACUGUCAAACUUCUUCUUAGUUACUUGUCUAGUUUGUGGGUGGCACUGGCAGAGCAGAUCAUUUUGCUAUUCUGCUCCAGAAAUAUAUUAUUGUUCUUGAUAAUUCAAUAUAUGAUUGUGUAUGUGAAGGAGCAUUUUAAUUAAAAAAUGUAUAUGGAUAUCUGUAUAUGUUAAGAAUUAUUGGAGUUGGAAGAGUCUGGAAAUGGAAUUGAAAAACCCUUUAGGAUUUGGGUUAUGGGCAGCUAUAGUGUGGAGCAUACCUGUGAUACCAGAUCAAAGAUUGCCAUGGUGACCUGUAGGAUCAUCUCCUAACGUUGUAUAUGAACUGCUGCUAAAUGUCUGUUAGAGUUCACGCAUUGUACAAAUGACAGGUGUACUAAUUGUAUCACUGUAUUGAUGCUGAAUGUACAAUCUCUGCUCAAGUCCUGCGUAGCCAGUUUCAGGGAAGGGGAGUUCUGAAAAAUCGGAUAUUGAGCUCACACGAACUCUGUAUGUAAACUGUACGGAUGCCUGGCGUUCCCCGCAAAACCCCAAGGUAAACGACAGCUCCGUAAAUGUCUGGAAAUGUCUGUGAUUCACGAUGUUAUCUUUAGCGGGAAUUCGAAGGAGACCACGGGCCCGUCCACGGACCGCACAGGACGAUUUUAGCUCCCUGCAGGUCUCUUGGACUCUUUCACCCAGGUCCUUGCGUUGCUUCGAAGGUGGUAACGUACCCGUGAAACCUUAACGUCUACGGGAGCAGCCUAACUUUUGUCCUCUCACAUUCCCCCUCGUUCCCAAGGGGUCUCUUCCAGUAAUACACGCGUGCUCUUGGAAUUCGGGAGAGGCACCUCCAACUCUCAUCCACAUUGUAGCUUUCCUGAGGGAGGACGGACUACUAACGUGCCCAUGUUCUAGUGGGGUCUAGGUGUCUUCCUCCAGCGGAUACACCCAAUCUCUCAGGUUAACUAUUGCUUGCUGCAAGUUGCCAGACUCCAUCCUCUAACGGCCAAUCCAGCCUGUGCAAAGACAGUCAAGUUGACCAUUUUAAAUCCCUCGCGCUCCCACCGUUUUCUUCUCUCUAAUGAAAAUGUUUCAUUAGAAAUGAAUAUGACACUUUGUCCUGUGUGUGCCCCCGGUGUUUGUUUUUUACUGUCAGAUGCAUUGGAAACAAGUUGCUUGUAAAUUUUCUCUGAUGAAAACGUGGUCCCAGUGCAGUCAUGAUUUCAGGGUUAUUAAAAUGUUAUAAAACACAA